GGUGGAUUUUAGUUUUCUGGUGCGUUUCGGGCUGAGCGGUGUGCGCGGAUCGGUUUUCUGCAAGUGAAUCCUUUUUCUGAUGAAAGGAGGUAGCCUUGUGGGAAUUUUGUGUUAAGUGUGAAAUUGUUGCAGUGAAGAUUGGACUCUUUUACCAGAUGCAGAAAUAAACAUCAUGAAGCAUUUCAUAAUUCUAGUUUGCUUCCUUAUGGCCUUUUGGACUGGACUGGCUACUGGCGCCCGGCAGCAGCUACGCUCCGAUGUGGUGUACAACGAGCGGAAUCUCAAGGAAGGCCGCUACAAGUACGGUUAUGCGGUGAAACAGGGGGAAACGCAGUUCCACCAUCAGCGAUCCUUGGAUGGAGCCAUGUAUGGAUGCUACGGUUAUGUGGAUCCCCUGGGGAAGCUGUUCAUAACGCAUUACUUGGCGGACAAGGCUGGUUAUCGGUUGGUCAAUUUGGCCAAUCCAGAUAAGAGGCUUUUGGAUAGAAUCCGUACUUUGGGAUCCGCAGAGCAUCCUCUGGAGUUGCAGAACCAAUUUCCUCUGGAGUGCCAAGCUGACGGUGAUAUCAAAGUUCUGCAGGAAACAGCAGCCCAGAUGAAGAACACAUUGUCAGCUCAAGCCCUGCAAGGAAAUGUUCGCGAAAGGAGUUCGUUGAGUUACAAAACAACUACAUCUUCGACCUCUAACUUGAAAGAGCAAGUAGAGGAUAAACCGGUGAAUCAGAAUCAACCUGUUGCACCUACAGUGUCCAGACAAGGCUUGAAAAAGAAUUUGAUCUCGCAGGCUGAUCCCGAAGUCAAGAAAACAGUAGGAAACGGGAAUGAAGCUUUGUUGACUAAUACUACGCCAGGGACCUACAAAACAGUUGCUGUUUCGUUUAAGGCAAAACAAUCCCAUGAAGGAAGGAACAUCUUCAAAACCAAUGUACGAAGUUCGAACACUGGCAAGAGUUUCGGUAGCCCGUUUAGUAUGGUGGGAUCUGAUGGGUCAACCUACAUACCAGUAGCCGUGAUCGACUCUAAUGAUAGACCUUUGAGUAGACUGAUUCCACUGAGAGGUGCUGGAGCAACUUGGUACCCUACCGCGGCUUUCCGAAGGAGCUCCGAUAUGAGGGAGCCCGCAAGCGUUAACACGGCUGUUGAGACUGUGAAAGCGAACCAGCUGAUUGAGACUCUGAAGAAGAUUGAAGAACCGGUUGUUGAGGAACAUGGCGUCGAAACAAAGAAUCAGAAGAACAUUGAAGCUGCGAAGGUAGACUUGGAAAUUGUCCAAGCAACGUCCGGGGAUAUGGGAGUAGAUGAAGUGAAUAAGGUAGCUGUAGAAAAUGGCGACGUGAAGACUUCAAUCGAUAUGAAACAUGAAGAGAAUGCUGCUGGGGUAAGCUCGGAUGAAACAGAACCAACGAUUACAAAAGAAUCCUCGAUGAUUGAACUAGAUCAUCAGCAGCAACUGCAUGAUAAUGAUCAACAUGUUGAAUUGAAACCAGUAGAUCCAUCGCCGGAAGUUACAUAUUCAGAGCAAGAAAACCUGAAAGGCGCAACUGUCGAUCAUACAGAUUCUGCCAUUAGCCCCGAAAGUAUUGUUGAUGCUCAAGCUUCAAACGUAUUUGGAACACCCAUCGAGGCAGACAGUCAAAGGCUUGCCGAUGAGCCUGACGCUAAAUUGCAUACUUCUGAAUCUGUUGGUUCAGAUCUUUCCCCAACCGAUUGGAAGUCUCAAUCGCUAGAUGAUCAGAAAGUAAAAAGCGUCGAAGAACUUACUCCUGAAUCUUCCAUUGAGGCUGUUGUUCAACCACAGCAGCCAAACCCCCGUUUCAGGGGAAAUGUGAAAUACAAGGACUAUGCGAACUCACCGUCGCAAGCACCCGUUGCUCCUACUGCUGAGAUUCGUAGAAAUGGAUCUCUGGGAAAGUACGACAAUCGGAGAAUUUCAGUAGCAGCUCAAAGCGUUCGUCCAAGUGCUGAUAUAAAAUCAUCCAUGACCAGGCCAUCUUCAGUGCAAAACCUAGGCAGUAUUGAAAAACCUGUGAGUCAAAAGACAUUUGCGUCUUCCAUGAAAAACCUUAAAGAAACGACAUCCAGUACCGUUGGGCAACCAUUGAAUCAAGGAACGCAUAGUGACCAAUCAAAACCUGAAAGUACUGGAUCGUCAACUGUACUAGAUUCUGAUCUUUCGCAGCAAGAAACGGUUGAACCAUUAACAGAUCAUGAACAACAGGCCGAUUUAUCGAAAUCAACCAUCUUAGAAGAAGUAAGUUCAACACAAUUGGCAUUUAGUGAAGGAGUGGAUGUAUCUCUGAAAGACCUUGAACACAAUGGUUUUGAACCUAUAGGGGAUGCACCAACUAUAGAUUCAGUAAAUUUACUGAAUGAAAAAACAGAUCAAAGUGCAAAUACCGCUGAGACAACAUCAGAGAUAAAAUCCGGAAUCAAUACCGAGCAAAUAUUACCAGCCACCCCAGAUAUUGAUGGCAUUACUAGUAAGGGAAACGCAAACGACGAUGAACGUAGUUAUGAUUUGAGCCAUGAACAGAAAGAAGUUGUGAGUGCCGUUCAAAACAAUGUCGAUGCUGAUGAAUCUGUUCUUCGUUAUCCAGAUUCAGCAGUGAACACGAAUACAGCAGGUCUCGUUCAUGAUGUUCCAGACGUGGUCCAUGAAGUUGAAGAAACUGUCAAAAGUGCUGAAAUUUCAAAUUCCGACUUCACGGAGCUUUCAGAAGAACCUCAAGAGCAACAAGAUAUUCAAGGAAGGAAAAUAGAUGGAUCUGUUGAGGAUAUAAAUCGUAAUGGACCAGAAAAAUCAGAUUCGUCCGUCUUCAACUCUGAGAUUGAUACUCAAUCAGGACUUAGUGCGCCUGAAGUUGUGCACAUUCCUGCAAUACGUGUUCCAGAAUACGUAGAGAGACAAGUACUAAAUACUGACUCCAAUCUGCCUUCUCAAGAUUUAUCAUUUAGUACUCGAACUAAUCCUGCCAGAGGUAGUCAACUGGAUUCCGAAAAAAGCUCUGUGAACAGUUUUGGAUAUUCUGCUAGAGAGAGCCAAGGAGAAAAUAUUUUGGAUGACUCCGAAGUCGUGGAAGCAUAUGACGAUUCUCACCCGUUGAUGAUUCCCAAACUGCCUGCCACUCCUAGAACCACCACUGACGGCCCCGCAGAGACAGUUACCAUAUCGUACUCAUACAGCAAUGCUGGUAAACCACCUGUGCUGCCUCGUCCUACUACAGGCUACCGCCCAAGUGUUUCGAAUACCUAUUUCCAAGCGACGACGACUACCACCGCUAAACCAGGUCGUACAACUAUCGGCCCUAGCGGAGACAUCUACGACGAAGUUGAAGAGGACAUCCCACCUCAAAAGCCCAUAGCUCCACCGCGACCAAUCUCUCCACCCCGCCCGGUACAAAUGUCCCCUCAGAUUCCUUCAAAACCCAGCUCUUCCAACUCCGAAUACUCCAUACAACCCUCCAUCUCGUCCAACUGCUACGAAGUAGUCCUCCAAGUCCCAGUCGAUGCCAAACAAGUCCUGCUCAAAACCGAAUCCCCCGAGUUUCGUGUCUUCGGUGACGGCGACCCCGCAAACCGCAUCCGACAGGUCCAACCCGGAGUCUACGAAGUCAACAUCGGCGCCACCAGUGGCAUCAAGUUCCGGCAGUACCCGCAGUUCCAGCACAAGGACGCCGACAAACUCGCUCUGGAUAUUGCCAAAGGAUUCAACUACGGCGAUUUGGUACCGAAGCCCGCCAACCGAGGAGCUACUGACCUCCGCGACGCAACCCUGAACAACCCCUAUCUCCCGUUGGUUUCGAUUGAGUCGGCCCAGGAUGUCGGAAGUGUGGAACUGGUGACCGUUGGUGCGGAUAGCCACGAACUAAGCCAAGAGCAGCGUGCUUUGCUCGGAUUGGUCCCAUCUUGGAAAAAGGUUUUGCUCUACUACUGAGGAGACCGACGCGACGGCGGUGGAAGCGGGGAUGAGAUUGAAAAAUCGAGUUCAAACCGGAUGAGACUGUGAAUGCCAGCCAAGUGACUCUGCGAAGCGGGCAUUAAUAAUGUUAAUUCGAUCAUUAUGCUAAUAUAUGCAGGCAGGGAUGUUCAACUGGAUGCUUUCGGAAUAAACACUCUGCGUGUGGACUGAAUAUAGUUUAAAAUGCGUUCUGGAAUGUGCAUGAUGAAGUAGAUCCGAAUCGACUUGAUGGUAUUUAAGUUUUGCAGGUUCUUUUGGGAAAUGAAAAUACAGUAUCGUUCUAUUGAGUUGAUUAUUUCAGGCACUAUUUUCUUGUGUUUUGUUUCAAUAUUUGAUAGAAUAGCUCUUAUCUGAAUUUAUAAUAUCUGUAGUUUUAUUUGAAUUAAGCCAGAGUAAAUCUUAUUAUCAGGAUUUUUUCGGGUAAUUGAAUUCUUUUAGGAAUUCCUCUGAGUACUCUUCCAAAAGUUCAUUCGGAGAUUCUUUCGAAAGAUCGUCCGGGGAUGGGGACAGAAGUUCAAUCGGAAAUACUUCUGGAUUAGUCUGCGAGAAAGAAACUUUUCUUUGGGAAUUCUCACAAAGUUUCUUCACGAAUACUUCCGGAAGUGCCUUUGGAAAUUCUUCCUAUAUUUCUCUUAUAAGAAUUCUUUCGAAUUAUCCUCUUUAAAAUCUUCUCCCGGAAAUUCUUUUGAAAGUUUUGCUGGGAUCUCAUACGCAACUCCACUGAAUAAAAAAAAGUUUCCAGUAAUUACCCCAGAAGUUCUUCUUUAUAAGUUGCUCCAAAAAUUCUUCCAGAAGAUCUCUCAGGAAUUUAUCUAAAAAUCCUCCUGGAAUUCAUAGGGAACUUCUCAAGAGAAUUAUUUCAGAAACUUCAAUGAAAAUUCUUCCGGAAAUUUCUCCAGAAAGUCUAUCAGAACUCCCCCAAAAGUACCCCAAAACUCCUACAAGGAAUCCUACGUGAAAUCCGUCAAGGAGUUUUUCUUUGUAACAUGAGAAAACCAAGCAAUUAUAUUUUCAGAUUUUUUUUUAUUAAAUUCUAAAUUCCUUCAUAAAAUUGCUACAAUAAUUUCUUCCGAGAAAUCUCACUUACUUACUUUUUUCUCAAAUCGAAAGUUCAAUUUAGAAGACUUCGCCACAAAAUUAAACAGAAGUCACAAGGAAGAACCUUGCAUAAGCCGAUGGGUUUGUUUUUUCAAUUACCUUUUGGGUCUUAUACCGAUUGUUCGCACCCCUUUUUGAAUGAGUAUGUCGACUACCACUUGUAAACUUCAUCCACUGAGUGGAUAAAUGACACUGAGAGUGAGUAGAAAACUUAUUAUACUUAUUCGAACCUCUUGGGGAUUUCUCUGAAGUCCAUUGAUUAAAUAUUAACUAAAAAUGUUUCCUGAGUAAUUAUUACAGCAGAUUAUUAGACAGUCAUUUAAACUACACAAUAACAUUUGAAUGCAUUUAUUCAUCACUGGAGACACUCGUGGAACUCCUGUUAGCAUUCUUCAAACAACUCUUAAAGAAAUUCCCAAUAGAACUUCUGGAAAAGUUCUCGGAAGGACAAUUGAAAAAAAAGAAAGAAAUACUGGAAAAAGGACUCUUUUUGCUCAAUUCCUACAGCAUUGAUGUCAAAAGAAGCAAGGGUGUUCCAGAACAAAAUCAAUCAAAAAAUCGAUUUUUUGAUAACAAAACAAAUGCGAUAAUUACAUAUUUUACCUUUAAUUUUAUUGGCAUAUGAUGUUUGGAGAACUUGUAUCAAAUAAGUAUAUCUUUCAAUUUUUGCUAACAGAAUUAAAGCCUGUAUCCGCAAUAAUCGGGACACAGAAAUACACCAGUAACUCUGCAAUAGAUACAUUAAACUUGCUCAAAUUUGGCCCCAUAACAUCUUGAGAUGUGUUCAUUUCACCUACAAAAUUUCAUGUUGAUCGUUGCAGUACUUUUUUGUUGUAGCGACGAAAGAGUAGAAUGUGCGCCUUUGAAUUUUGUACAGACCCUUGUUUUGCUUGCCAGCGCUGUAACUUUUGAAUUUGGCGAAGAAAAUGGCUGAAAUUUUGAACACAAACCUCUCAAUCUACAUUUGAGGAAUUCCACGGAGUCAUGUCAGUCGAUCCUGAGCGACCAUUUCAAAAAUAUCUGAAACUUUGCACAGUUUUUCAAUUUCAUAUAAAUCGCCAUUUUUUGAUAUUAAACCUUCAUAUUCACUCACGACUAACUUUUCAAAAGGGUGUAUGCGAAAAUAGUUCUAAAAUAUUCUAAAAGCUGUACAGCAAAAACGGAUUGUUCGAUUGUUAUAAAUUUUUCAGCAAAGUUAGAUAACUAAAUGAUGAUUCCUUAGAAAAUAUACACUGUAAAAAAUUUCUUUUUCUACUUUGAAAAAAUAUGAUAUUUGUCACAAAAACUCAAAUAUCUCAAAACCCUAUCUUUUUACCUACUUCAAUUUUUUAGGGGAAAUGGCCCAUUAUAUCAGCUAUCUACCAUAAAAUUUUGGUGAUGGUAAACUGAUCAAAAAAGUUAUGACAUUUCAAACAUUUCACAAUUUUUACAUUUAGUAUCAAAAAAAAAAUUUUUUCUGUGUAAAUUAUUUCGAGAAUUAUAUUUUGAUGCUGAUUUUAUUGUAAAGGCUACCGCCUGAAUUAAACAAGUUGUUUUCAUGAUACUUUAGUUUGAUUAUUCGUAAUUACUAUAGUAUCUAUUUGAAACUUAGACGCGAUCCAGUGUUGUGAUCAAAAAUAUUGAGAUUGUCAUACUUUUUAUUGUACGU